AUGGUCGUGAUGGUUCCAACGGUAGGGGGAACAAAUCUUAUAGGAAUUUAUCGUGCAGGUGGAACAUUAUUCGGAUCGUACCUUGCGUGGGUUAUUUACACAUUAUUUCCGCACAAUGGACUUGUGAUAUCAAUCAUUGGAUUUUUUAUCGCCAUGGGAUGCUUUAAUAUGAUACUUUAUACAAAAUAUAAUCGAAUUGGAACUUUCAUCUUAUUAACUUAUAACUUGGUAGCUUUAUACAAGUUUAAUCUUAAAAAUUCCGAUAAUGAAGAUGAAAAUCUUGACCUUAUUGACAUUGCAAGAUAUCGGGCCAUUGCAGUUGGCACGGGUAUAAUUUGGGGAGUACUUGUUACAUCAUAUUGGUGGCCAUAUGAAGCACGUGUAGAAUUACGAAAAGGGUUAAGUCAACUAUUUGUUAACAUGAGCUGGUUGUAUAAGAAAUUGGUAGCCGUUUAUUCUGUUAUGCCCGAAGUUCAGCCGUCAAAUGAAGGUGAUGUGACAAGUUCUUCGAAACAUUCGUCAGUGAGAUUGACACCACAAGCAUCACAUCGACUAUCACAAUCAACAAAAGAAUUUAUGGACAUGGAAUUGAUUUUACAAGUAUCUUUACUUAAACUUAGAGAUUUAUUGGCACAAACACCAAAUGAACCACGUAUGAAAGGACCAUUUCCCAUACACACUUAUAGUGAAAUUUUAACGGGAUGUCAAAAUAUUUUAGAUAAAUUACUUUCAAUGAGAAUUGCCGUGACAAAAGAAGAGUGGUAUAAAUUAGUUCGUCGCGAUUUUAUUAUACCAAUAUCAAAAGAAAGAAAAGAAUUGGUUGGGAAUGUGUUAUUAUAUUUUUAUAUCCUUGCCGCUGCCUUAAGGUUAAAGACCCCCUUACCACCUUAUUUACCACCUGCUGAAAAAGCGAGAGGACGAUUAGUCAAAAAGAUUAGAAAUCUUCCUGUUGUUAAACAACGUAUUAUUGAACAUGAUGAUGAACAUUACAUCAUUUAUUAUGCAUAUGCUCUCGUGAUGGAAGAUAUUAUUAGGGAAUUGGAAAAAUUAGGUGUAAUUAUGCAAGAAUUAUUUGGUUGUAUGGGUGGUCAUGAAUUUAAUGCUCUUUUCUCAGCUGAAGAUGGUUCUAGUAUUGAUGACAUAAAUGAUGAAUCUACAAUUCAUCACGAUGAUGAUGCUUCUGGUGUUGCUCCUUCUACAAGUUAA